AACAUAGAUACUUUCUCUAACACAUUUGAUAGAGCUACAUUGCAACAAGAAGGAGUCAGAAUACGACUAAUGGAGUCGAAUCGCAAACGCAGAGGUUUCAUGAAGGGCAAGUUGAUGCCGUUCUACCGAGCUGCAAAACCUAAUUCGACAACAAGUAUGCAAUAUAGUAGCAUGGCCAUGGCCAGCAGCAAGGUUAAGCCGAGCCAGGCCACUCCUUCGCCAGCUUACUCUGGGUUUAUGGUCCACGGCCAGGAUUAUGUGAUUGCAGCAGCUCAGCCUAAGCAGAAGGUUUCAUUUAUUGUUCCGUCAGACGCUACAGAUCAUCAUACCAAAAACAGCCUCAUUAAGCAGCAGUUUGAUCACUACGGCGCAGGUGACGAGAGUGUCGAUAUGAAGGCUGCCAGCUAUAUUUCCUCGGUUCAAGAACGUUUCAAGCUCGAACGGAUCAACUCUUGAUCACAAGGAGGAAUAAUCAAGAAGUUUCCAAUACCCGUACGAUCCCUCACGCAAUAUGUAUAAUUACCAUAUGUUCGAUCUCGUAAUAAAAUCUAUAAACAUGAUUUAUUAUUUGUGUCGAGAGAUCGAAUCAAGACCGUAUGUACGUGCUUUUCAUUUGUUUAAAUAUAUGUGUAUCACUAUAUUUAAAAGCUA